CCCUCCCUCAGCCUUCACCCAUCCCAAAGACUGAUUAGCGUGGCAUCCUUCCACUGACACAGCAUGUCAUAACUGGAGGUUACUGAUUUUUCUUUUUUGUGUGUGUGUGUGUGUGUGUGUGUGUGUGUGUGUGUGUCCCUCCGCUUUUCUUAAUCUGGACGCCUCGGUCAGCAUCUCCUGGAGGAGUAUGCGGGUCUCGAAAAGACAUCUCCCACCGUACAUCUCAUCCUGAAGGCAAUAAGAAGAAGAAAAAGAAGAAUAAGAAGGGCUUCUUUUUCCCCCUGUGUUGUGCUCUGAUCGUGAAAUCUUUCCGAUGGUCCCCGGUGACAAAGCAGUUGGGGGAAUCCAGCAUCUGGCUGCCUGACGCGGGAUGCAAGGCGUCCACCUCUGACCCAUCAAUAGGACGAGGCGUUUCAAGGAUUUAAGUGAGGAAAUAUUUAAUUUCUAAAGAGCUGAUUUUGAUAAAGAGGUGACAGGUAAAAGGACACCGAGGCGCUGUGCUCUGCUCUGUUGCGUUUUUUUUUAAAAGAGGACAUACAGGAUUAGAUGCAUUUUAGCCACUGAUUCAAGAUUGUAGUUUCUUGUAUGAGCACCCAAUUCAAGCACACCCUAUUCUUAAUUAAUAACCACACUGCUGGAAUGCACAGAAUAAUAAUAGCGCACUUUUUUUAAGCCUCCAAAGACGCACAGAAGGCGGACAUUGGUGUAAACAAACCCCCUUUUAGCUGUUCAAUGCAUGCCUUUUCAGACUGGUGUCAUGUGUUGGUGACCCCAUCUGAGCACCAGAGCCACCUGUGCGGUUGCAGUCAAGCCUGAGGGCAGCAUGGGCAGUCAGCAGCUAAACAAACCAUAUGGUGCAUAACUGGUGUGCACAAACAGCAGAGGAUUUCUCGUGAGUAAGUCAGAAGCAACCAGACUCUGCCCUGGAUCACUGGCCCGAGCUUUACCUGAAGAGAUAUGUCGCUGUGAAACUGCAACUCUGACUGCAGACAGAAAGCAAUAACGCUGAUAUGAGGCAAUAACAAUAAAAAGUUGACAAUUGUAAUUUCUUCCAAGAGCCAAAGAGAGGUGGAAACGAGCGAGAGGAGACACACUGCUUCCAUUUGCCAUUUCACUCACACUGUGGCUCGAUCAGGCACUGACCCUCUUCUUUUGCCCAGGUGACGUCUGCAGUGGUACAUGAGGGAAAAGUCAGGGGCAGUCACGCAUGCAACAUUUUGACAUUUUUAACUGACUUUUCUGCACAAUCACUUGCUCCUGCUCCGUUGCACGACUCUCUCACACGCUGCGUCUUCCAUUUUCAGCACAAAUUCCACCAGACAUCAGCUUCGUCCCCUAUUAGAUCAGCCUAAGAUAUCAGUCUUCCAGUAGCUUUUCUUGUUGAUCACUGACAGUGCCAUUUAUUGUCUGGUCUGUGUGUCAGGGAACUGGCAUUAUUUGGCGAACAACUCAUUGUGGAGGUAAACAACCCUAAGGGUGUGCCACAGAGUAUAAAUAGUUGAACAAAGGCCCUUUUGGAGCAACAAGGGGCUGAAACCUGAAACUCGGAGUGAUUCCUCCCUCUGGUAACUCUAUAUGCUUACACACUGAGAGGCUGGACAGACUCUCCAGCAACAUAGAGUGAUUUAGAUCCAGAGAGGCUGAAGAGACGAAGCAGCAGGGCACAUGCCUUCCCCACUACUGCUGUCAGAUUUUUCAGGUGCUUAAGAAAGACCAGAUCAGCAAGAAGACCCACCCACACCUCCUUCCAGCCCUUGUAUCAGCUGUACAAAAAGGAGGAGAAGAAGACACCCGGACGGACCACACCCAGAGUCCAAACAGCUUCAGGAACGAGUCUCCUCUUCUCACCUCCCAGCCUUUUAAUCACAGUCGGGACAUCUUUGGCAUCUCAGUGCUCAUCAACAAGCCGGAAUAGUUGCUGUAGAUCUGUCUUGUGUUUCUCACUCUGAAGUGUGUGUGUCUCAGUGUGUGUGUGUGUGUGUGUGUGUGUGUUUUGACGCCGUUGAGAGCCGCCACCAGUCUCCUUUCUCCUGUCAGCAUGUCUGCAGUGCAAGAGCUGCUGCUGCUACCUCUGGCCCUCCUGGCGCUUCAAGCAUCUCUGUGCCGUGGAGCCUGCGUGGAAGUGGACUCAGACACAGAGGCCGUGGUCAAUGAAGGCUUCAAAUUGGGCUGCAUCUCAUGUAAGAUGAGGGGCGAGGUGCACGCAAUGGCAUCCGUCAACUGGUACUUCAGAGGUUUAGAUGAGACCGACUUCUCCCACUUAUACAGCUAUGAAGAUAAAAUACCUGAGAUCAUUGACCCACGUUUCUACGAGCGUCUGGACUGGAAUGGCAGCAAGAAGACCAAUGACCUACAGGACGGCUCCAUCUACAUCCUCAAUGUGACCUCAAAUGACACGGGAACCUACAAGUGUAUAUUCCAACGCACCCUUGUGUAUUCAAACUACGAGUUUCAAACCAACAUCUCCAAGACUAUCAUCAUGAACGUGGUUCCAAAACUCACCCGGGGACUGGCAUCCAUUUUGUCUGAGGUGAUGAUGUAUGUCUCCAUCAUCGGGCUGCAGCUCUGGCUGGUUGUUGAGAUGCUUUACUGCUACAGAAAGAUUUCAGCAGCAGGAGAGGAAGCUCUGAGAGAAAGCACGGCGGAGUAUUUAGCUAUAGCAUCAGAAAGUAAAGAUAAUUGUGCAGGUGUACAAGUGGCAGAAUAGCACCGGUCAAGGAAGAACUCAAGGCUUCCUUGAGGAAUCUCACAUCCACUCUCAUGCCCCCUUCUCUCGCCGUCACCCACCUCCCGCCAUCCUCUCCACAUGGAACCACAGAGAGGACAAAGAUCUUCACGGAAAGAUUUUUUAAGUGACUUUCUGACUGUAUCCAGUUCUGAGGGACAGGAGAGAUGCAUCCGGUCGUGGUCCAACAGGACAGAGGGGGAGAGACCGAGAGGGAGAGUUGUAGUGUAUAUAGGUGUAUAAGUAAGCACAGAUUAUCUUUAAACACAUGUAGAGUAUAUUAUAGGCCUGCAUUGUAUAUCUGCAUGCUUACAAGCUUAUUAACACUCAACAUCAUACUUCUGAUGAGUUUUUAAUCAGUUAUGUCAUAUUUCAUUUUACGCCGUGUUGGCAUCAGGGUUUGACCGAUGCAGGUUUUAUAAAGCCAAUUUUCAACCCAACAGAUGUCAGUGUUUCCUGGUAGGUUCAUGAAGCUGUGGUGCAAAUAAAAUUUAUUUUUAAUGAUAAAUCAAAACACUUUAAUAACAAAAAUCCAACAUUUUUAAAAAAAGAUUUGUUCUACUUUUAAAUAGUGAGACUAAAUUAAACUGGUCAUUUUCUAAGGAAAACACUGCUACAAAAGCUGUUAUUUGGCCUGAUAUUCAUUUUGCCCCCAAAAAAUUAAGUAUUUGGUAUUUUUCUGCAGAAUUUUAUUAAAACCAGCCUGUAAAAGAAAGAAAAUAGCACUUAGAACAAAAUACACACAAUAAAUGGGGAAAAAAACAUGAUUGCAGGUCCAGCGUAUCAGUGGUGGCCACCCAACAGGCUGAUAAAUAAAUUGGCAAACCACUAUCAACGGCCCAACCCUGAUAGAGAAAACAUCCAAACCUCUUACCUAUAUUUUUAAUAUUGAAGAGCAGAUGAUUCAUGAACGUCACACAUCAGCUGAAAGUCACUGUCUGUAGUGUGAUAAUGUGAUCACCCAUCUUUUUUACUUGUUUUACUUCAGGAUCACACACUCACACAUCUGCUCACCAAGAGAAAUGUUAUCUGCGUUUAGUGUGAACUUGCUAAAUGCUUAGAUCGUCACUGGAGAAGUAUUCUCUUGAGUUUGAGUUACUAGCUCUCAAAUAAAGGGACACAGUUAUCAGGCACUGCUUUAAAUGAUAGAAUAAAAUAGUCAUGUUUUUAAUAUUUCAUAUUAAACUGGGGAACCAACGGAGAUGAGAUCCUGUUUUAUCUUUAAUUCUCAGACAAAACACAUUGAUGUUUUUACUGUUUUCCUUUUCCUUGAUCCUGAGAGCUCAUAAAUAUGAUAAAUAGGUCUAAUUUAUCAAUUUAAAGCUAAAGAAUACCAUUUUAACUAAAGCAUAACGACAGCAGGCUCAGUGCUGAUUUUAGCUGCGUGCAAGUUUUAGAGCUGAGAGAAUGUCUCGCUUCAUUUGUUGGUAAAAAUGGCACCGAAGUGUGACUUCCUGUGACAUUAUGAGAGGAUGAUUCAGUCAGUUUCACCAGAACAGUUUGCAUCACACCAAAAACGAAAAACAGUUUAUCCAAAGUUAUAUGAUUUUAGCUUAAUUUGUGUACAGUGGUUCCCACUGAUGUGUAAUUUCACACAAAUGUCUUACUGUCUUUGUAGAAACUUAAGGGCUUGGCAAAUUGCUAUUAUCUAACUGUCACGGGCAAAUGUACCACAAAACCUGUCCAGUGUGCCUCCCAGCAUGAAGCCAGUGGAAACCAAAAGGAAAGAGCUGAAGCCUUGUUACAAAUCUUUAGUGCAGCAUCUGUACUUCUAUUUCCAGACAGCCAGUUAUUGACUAUUGCUGAACACUAGAUGGCAACCAAACACUGCCAUUCUGCAUGUUUACUGUUUUGUACCAAAAGAGUGAGUUUGAUACAUUUUGAGAUACUGAGAAGGGGACCACAUGUAUUGAUGAAUUAAUACAGAAUAACUGCAUGCUUACUGGUGGAACCAUUAAACAGACAAAACGAGCGAGAUCUCCUUUGAAGGCCAUUCAAGCAAUUUUUAACACAGUUUCCUGGGGCAUUUACUUUUUGGGUAUCCAUCAGUUUACAUCAUCUAACACCUUUUACUGCACAGAUGAACCAACCAGUGAAAUGAAAACCACACUGCUCCCCACAUUGUUGGUCUGCUUUGUGUCCAUGUGUUUUCUUUCAGCAACAGAUAAAACUGUAGUUCACGUGUAGGUGUGGAAAUGUUGCUUGCCAAAAAGAAAAGUGAUACAAAGAAAUAAAUAAAAAUCCAUGUGAGAGAA